AUUCUGCCUCAGCCUCCUGAGUAACAAGUAAUAUUUCAAAUUCUAUAAUUCAUUCUGCCGAUAUGCGAUGGAAUCUGUUGUCACAGUUUUAGAGAAGACUGUGGCUCUGGUCCCUAGUCAAGCAUUAACUACAAGAGUGAAAUGAAAUGCAUGCAGAUUAGGAACACUGAACUCUUAAAUAUGGGCGAAGAGUUUAAGAACAGUCUCAGAAAACUAUAAAAUCUUUGAGAUUGCCUGCUGCGCAAGUCUUUCUACUCGGGGUUUCCUCUGAUUUGCCUCUGUCUGUCUUAUGCAUAACUGUCCUGACUAAAAGGUGAGACUUUUUUUUGAGACAGUCUCUCGCUGUGGCCUGCACCCGAGGGCAAGGGCACAAUCUCAGCUCACUGCAACCCCAGCCUCCCGAGUUCACGCGGGUCCCCUCCCUCGGCCUCCAAGGUAGCUGAGACUACAGGUAGGCACUAUUCACAUCUCCUUUAUGGCCAUUAUGCUAGAUACAGCCACUAGAGGGAGCUGCCGUCUUCCUACCCAGCCGCGCGCAGCGUCACACUCGGGCAAACGACGUCAUACAUAAAUCGUGAGUGGGCGUGGCCUGGUUGCCGGCAUAGCCCGGUGUUCUGCUGAGAUCUCUGGCUCGGCCGCCGCCAUUUUUGUUCACCGCUGAAGGGAAGGAAGUGUCUGCGAAAGAAACGGUCCCAAGCUCUACAGCGCAGGAAGGAGAGAAAGCAGCGACUGGUCUCGGUGGGCCAAGCGUCGGGAAAGAAGAGGAGAAGGACGAGGGCGGUGGCCAGAUGUCCAGCUCACUGCUCUCCAAGAAACGUCGCAUAUCUGGGCCUGGUUCAGAGUUGGAUUCUGACUGCUCCUCUGCCUACUCUGUGAUGUCUGAAGUGCCUUCGGGACCAACCCAGGAAGAUGUAUCUCUGGACACUGACAGAUGAGGAGGGAAUGUCCAAAAACAACACUGAAAUACACAUAGAUGAAGAUCUUUACUCCCGCCAGCUGUAAGUGGGGCCAUGGCUGGGGGUGAGAGGUGGGAAGAGACACAGAGAAGAUAGGGUUGGAUGAGCCUAUCCUGACCAGAGGCCUCCAUAACCUGCCAGCUAUGUGCUGGGUCAUGAGGCGAUGAAGUAUCUCCAGACAUCCAGUGUGCUGGUUUCAGGCCUGCAGGGGUUAGGUGUGGAGAUCGCCAAGAACAUCAUCCUCGGUGGGGUCAAGGCUAUCACUUUACAUGACCAGGGCACUGCCCAGUGGGCUGACCUCUCCUCCCAGUUCUACCUGCGAGAGGAGGACAUUGGUAAAAACCGAGCUGAAGUUUCACAGUCGCACCUUGCAGAACUCAAUGGCUAUGUGCGUGUCUGCACCUACACAGGACCCUUGGUUGAGGACUUUCUUAGUGGUUUCCAGGUGGUGGUCCUUACCAACACUCCCUUGGAGAGCCAGCUGCAAGUGGGUGAGUUUUGUCAUAGCUGUGGAAUCAAGCUGGUGGUGGCAGACACCAGGGGCCUCUUUGGGCAGCUCUUCUGUGACUUUGGAAAAGACAUGAUUCUCAGAGAUUCCAAUGGGGAGCAGCCACUUAGUGCUAUGGUUUCUAUGAUCACCAAGGACAGCCCUGGUGUGGUCACCUGCCUGGAUGAGGCCCGGCAUGGGUUUGAGAGUGGCGACUUUGUCUCCUUCAGAGAAGUCCAGGGCAUGUGUGAACUCAAUGACAUCCACCCCACAGAGAUAAAGGUCCUAGGUCCUUACACCUUUAGUAUCUGUGAUACCUCCAGCUUCUCUGACUACAUUGGCGGAGGCGUCCUCAGUCAGGUCAAAGUAUCUAAGAAGAUUAGUUUUAAAUCCAUGCUUGCCUCACUGGCAGAGCCAGACUUUGUGAUAACAGACUGUGCUAAGUAUUCUCGCCCUGCUCAUCUACAUAUUGGCUUCCAGGCACUGCAUCAGUUCUGUACUCAACAUAGCAGGCCACCUCAUCCCCACAACGAGGAGGAUGCAACAGAACUAGUGACUCUAGCACAGGCCAUGAAUGCUCGAGCCUUGCCAUCAGUGAGUCAAGGCAACCUGGAUGUGGACCUCAUCCGGAAGCUGGCACAUGUGGCUGCUGGGGAUCUGGCACCUAUAAAUGCCUUCAUUGGAGGCCUGGCUGCCCAGGAGGUUAUGAAGGCGUGCUCUGGAAAGUUUAUGCCAAUCAUGCAGUGGCUGUACUUUGAUGCCCUUGAGUGUCUCCCUGAGGAUAAAGCGGACUUGAUGGAAGACAGAUGCCUCCCACACCAGAAUCGUUAUGAUGGACAGGUGGCUGUGUUUGGCUCAGACCUGCAAGAGAAGCUGGCCAAACAGAAGUACUUCGUGGUGAAUACCCCUUGCCUCCUUCCUCAGAUAAUGAAAGGUUCAAUGGCCCUGGGAGUUGAAUGGGUGGCCGUGGGCCCUCUUGUCUUCUCUUGCUAUAUUCAGGGAGAGAGUGGAGUGGUGGGUGACUCUGCAUUGUCCUUUGUCACCCUGAUAAGGUUUCUCUUGUUUGCUAUCUUUCAAGUGGGUGCUGGGGCCAUUGGCUGUGAGCUUCUCAAGAAUUUUGCCAUGAUUGGGCUAGGCUGUGUGGAGGGUGGCAGAAUAACUGUUACAGACAUGGACACCAUCGAGAAAUCCAAUCUGAACAGACAGUUUCUCUUCCGACCCUGGGAUGUCUCGAAAUUCGAGUCUGACACAGCUGCUGCAGCUGUGCAUCAGAUAAAUCCACACAUCAGGGUGAUGAGCCAGCAGAAUCGUGUGGGCCCUGAAACAGAGUGUAUCUACAAUGAUGACUUCUUCCAAAACCUGGAUGCUGUGGCCAAUGCUCUGGACAAUGUGGAUGCCCGACUGUACAUGGACAGCUGCUGUGUCUAUUACCGAAAGCCACUACUGGAGUCUGGAACACUGGGCACCAAGGGCAGUGUGCAGGUGGUCAUUCCCUUCUUGACAGAGUCUUACAGCUCCAGCCAGGACCCCCCUGAGAAAUCUAUCCCCAUCUGUACACUAAAGAACUUCCCCAGUGCUAUCGAGCAUACCUGCAGGUAAGCAGCCUUAGAGUGGGCUUGGGAUGAGUUUGAAGGCCUCUUCAAGCAGUCUGCAGAAAAUGUCAACCAGUACCUCACAAACCCCAAGUUUAUGGAGCAGACACUGCGGUUGGCAGGCAACCAACCCUUGGAGUUGCUGGAGAAUGUGCAUUGCAGCCUGGUGCUGCAGAGACCAGAGACUUGGGCUGAUUGUGUGACCUGGGCCUACCACCAGUGGCACACCCAGUAUUCACACAACAUCCAGCAGCUGCUGCAUAACUUUCCUCCUGACCAGAUAUAGCAUGCUUCCAGUCUUACAAGCUCUGGAGCCCCAUUUUGGUCUGGGCCCAAACGCCGUCCUCACCCACUCAUCUUUCAUGUCAGCAAUCCCCUGCACCUGGACUAUGUGAUGGCUGCUGCCAACCUGUUUGCCAAGACCUAUGGACUGAUAGGCUCUCAGGACCGAGCUGCUGUGGUUACAUUGCUACAGUCUGUGCACGUCCCCACAUUCAUUCCCAAGUCUGGUGUCCAGAUCCACGUUUCUGACCAGGAGCUGCAGAGCACCAGUGCCUCUGUUGAUGACAGCCGCUUAGAGGAGCUCAAGGCCACACUUCCUAGUCCAGAGAAGCUUGCUGGGUUCAAGAUGUACCCCACUGAUUUUGAGAAGGAUGAUGACAGCAACUUCCAUAUGGAUUUUAUUAUGGCAGCGUCUAACCUUCGGGCAGAGGACUAUGAUAUUCCCCCUGCGGACCGGCAUAAGAGCAAGCUGAUUGCAGGAAAAAUCAUUCUAGCUAUUGCAACAACCACAGCAGCUAUUGUUGGCCUUGUGUGCCUGGAGCUAUACAAGGUGGUACAGGGACACCGAAAGCUUCAUUCCUAUAAGAACAGCUUCAUCAACUUGGCCCUGCCCUUCUUCAGCUUCUCUGAACCCCUUUCCCCACCCUGUCAUCAAUACUAUAACAAAGAGUGGACACUGUGGGAUCGUUUUGAUGUACACAGCAUACAACCUAUUGGUAAAGAGAUGACUCUCAAGCAGUUCCUAGCCUUCUUUAGGAUGGAGCACAAAUUGGAAAUUACCAUGCUUUCACAGGGUGUAUCAAUGCUGUAUUCUGUCUUCAUGCCAGCUACCAAGCUUAAGGAACGAUUGGAUCAGCUGAUUACAGAGAUUGUGAGCCGUGUGUCAAAGCAAAAACUGGGUCACCAUGUGCGGACUCUGGUGCUUGAGCUGUGCUGCAAUGAUGAGAGUGGUGAGGACAUUGAGGUCCCAUACGUACGAUACAUUACCUGCUGAUUCCUGGCAAUCCCUUUACCCCAGCCCAGAUUCCUGCUAGUUGCAACAGAAGCUGAGACCAACUAGGCAUAAAUGUCUUAUUUUCUUCUGAGAAUGUUUUUUGCUGCUGCUCUCUACUGUUUAUCAUUGGAAUUCAUAAUAAAGCAUUACUAAGCAUGGCACGUUAA